AUGGACGAGAAACUGAUAACCAAACCACAUAAAGACCCUUUACCCAAGUUCGAGCUAGAAGAAUACAUGGCCAAGAUGGCUAAACAAAUCAACAAGGCACUAGAUGAGGCAGUUCCAUUGCAAAAUCCUCAAACACUUCAUGAGGCAAUGAGAUACACUUUUCUAGCGGGUGGAAACCGCGUAUUUUCAACUCUAUGUAUUGCUUCAUGUGAGUUGGUUGGAGGAAACCAAUCUUUGGCGAUGCCAAUGGCUUGUGCAAUGGAGAUGAUCACAACAUCAGCUGUAAUUCUUGACGAUCUCCCUUGUAUGGACAACGACGAUCUUCGACGAGGCAAGCCAGCAAACCACAAAGUUUUUGGAGAAGCAGCAUCCGUACUUGGCAGCCACGGUCUCUUCUGUCUUGCAAUUGAGCAUUUCGCUAACAAAACCGAAAACAUUUCUCCUGACCGCAAGCUUCGAGCCAUUGUUGAAAUAUGCUCAGCAUUUGGCUCAGAAGGAGCUCUGGCAGGACAGAUUACAGACCUAAAUAGUGAAGGAAAAGAAGUAAAUUUGAGUGAAUUGGAGUUUAUUCAUAGGAAUAAAAGUGGGAAAUUCGGAGAGGCGUCAACUGUUUGUGGGGCUAUUUUGGGAGGGGGGAAUGAAGAUGAGAUUGCGAGGUUGAGAAAUUAUGGAAUGUGUGUAGGGCUUGCAUAUCAAGUGAUGGAUGACAUUUUAGAUGCAACUGGUAAUAAAAAUAAUAAAGAUCAAGAAGGUGGGAGGGAUUUGCUACGCGAUAAGGCUACAUAUCCAAAGCUGAUUGGUGUCGAUGAGUCGAUGAAGUAUGCAAGGGAGCUGGUGGCACAAGCCAUUAAAGAACUUGAAUAUUUUGAUUCUGUAAGGGCUGCGCCAUUGUAUCAAAUGGCUAACUUCAUUGUUUCUGGAAAAUGUUAG